UCAGAUGAUCUUUAUUACAUAGUAAAUAGACGGCUGAUCCUCCGUGGCCAUGCCUUCUUAGCCUGUUUAAACCACCGCCACCACAGCACAUAUUUCCACUCUCAGACUCUCUUUGCCUCCUGUCUGCGGUUCUCCUCGUGUUCCGGUUCGUUCGGCUUUCUGCAGCAUGUACCGGUCUCUGUACGCCUUCCGAUCCGCCGAGCCCAACUCGCUGCACUUCUCCGCCGGAGAAAGCUUCCUAAUCCUGGAGAGGAGCAACAAACACUGGUGGCUGGGGUCCCGCUGCAGCUCGGGGGAAACCGGCUACGUCCCUGCCUCUUAUAUCGAGAAGAUCCAGGCUCCAGAGCAGGAUGAGGUGUUACAAUCUAUUGACAGAGCGAUCGAAGGAAUCCAUAAUGUGGCCUUAAAAAACGGAGGCAAAUACAACCUGGAGCAGCGAGAUGUUCUACAGAAGCUGAUCCAUCACCGAAAGGAGACCCUUGCACGGCGAAGUUCCUCCUCGGCCAGUAACAAACCAGGCAUCCCAACAUCCAGCAGUGAAAUAUCUCUGAGUCAAACUCCUCCUCCACCCAAUGGCCUUAAUCGAGACUAUGGACGUCAGGGAAGCAUGCCGAUAUCAGGAAGCAUGGACAAUAUGCAGGGAGAACAGGGCUUUUACCAGGUGCCUCCCCAGCCUCGCCGUGCGGCCCCCGUCACCCCCCCACCCCCGGAGAAGCAGCGAAACAGCCGGCGUCCAGAGCCCGAGGUUCCUUCCAGAGUGUCCUCCCUCCCUGCGUCCCCUGCCCCCUCCCUCUCAAUCAGCACCACCUCUUUAGAGUCCGGCUCCUCCCACUCCCCGGUGUCCUCUGAUGUCAGCCUCCCCAGUGUCUCCAGCACCCCCCCCCCUCCCGUCCCAUCCCGUGUGAAGCCCUCUGCGCCGCUUCUGGACGUGGCGCCCUCUGACUCCUCUCCUCAUUCAGCUCCUGCUAAGAAGAGCCCAGCUCCACAGCCUCCUCAGCCCACCCAGCCCACCCCCCCUCCACAGCCCUCAGCAGAGGACCAGCCAGAGACUGAAUGGCCUGUCGCUCCCCCUUCUGUCGCUGAGAGCCCCCCUGGCAGUCCCACAGUCUCCGAGCCGGUUCCCAUGACGAUCGGGGCCGAGUUGAUUGAACUGGUUCGGAAGAACACCGGCCUGAGUUACGAGCUGUCACGGGUGGCCGUGGGCGUGGUGGUGGGUCAUCUGGAGACCGCUUUACCUCAAGCCUCCUCGGCCUUGGAGCAAGUUCUCCUCUCGCUGGUGGAGAGCAAGGAUCUGAGUGCAGCGCUGCCGCAGGGUCAGGUGUGUCAUGAUGAGCAGCGGCUGGAGGUGAUAUUCAAUGACCUCGCCCGUCAUCGCGAAGAUUCUCAACAGCGGAGUUGGGCGCUUCAUGAAGACCACGCUCUCAUCGCCUGCUACCUGGAGGAACUGCUGAAGAUACUGACUGAUGCAGAUCCAGAGGUGUGUAAGAGGAUGUGCAAGGCCAACCACUGUGAGAAUGUCCUGUCUCUGGUUACGUAUUAUCAGAUGGAGCAUCGUGUUUCUUUGCGACUGCUGCUGCUUAAAGUGUUCGGGGCGAUGUGCAGCCUGGACGCCGCUCUCAUCUCCACCCUCCUCAACUCCAUCCUCCCCAUGGAGCUCGCCAGAGACCUGCAGACCGACACACAAGAGCACCAGAAGAUGUGUUACACGGCCUUGGUUCUCACUAUGAUUUUCUCCAUGAGUGAACAGGUGCCAUAUCAUCACUAUGAACACUUGAAUGCUGAGUUUGUUCGGUUUCUCCUGGGUGUGGUGGAGGACGGGCUUCCCUCUGAUCCCACAGAGCAGCUGCCUGACAUCUUCCUCAACCUCCUGCUGUCCUUCAACCUGCACCACACAGCUCCAAACAACAACGUUAUCAUGCAGGAGCUGAAGAACAAAAAUGUCAAGAUCCUCACUGAAAAAGUCCUGCUGCUUCUAAACCGAGGCGACGACCCUGUGUGCAUGUUCAAACACACUCCGCCUGCGCCACAUUCAGUGCUCAAGUUCCUCCAGGAUGUUUUUGCAAAUCAAGAAACCGCCAACAUCUUCUACCACUCAGACAUGAUGGUGAUGAUCGACAUCGCUGUUCGACAAAUAUCUGACCUUUCACCCGGAGACAAGCUGCGGAUGGAGUAUCUGUCCCUCAUGCACUCUAUAAUUCGCUCGACGGACUACCUCGAGCACCUGCACCGUCUGUCUGACCUGCAGGGGGCGCUGCAGAGGAUUCUCAGGGAGGAGGAUGAUCCAGGAGAAGACGAGGGCGGAGCUACAGCUAAACAGAUGGAUAAGCUAAUUGUACAGCAGAUCUACAAGGAGUUUCCACAGAUCUGUGAGAACAAGGACUAACCAUAUCAGUAUCAUGCUCACACACUGUAGUCUGCUCCCUCCUACUGCAGGGAGGUACAAUAAAGCUUGAAAUGGAACAGCUGACGAUUCCAUGGGACGCCCCAGGUUUCAGUGCCAGUUUAUCCUGCAGGAAGCAAAUCAGUGUUGCCAAUUGUUUCUGGGACUUGUAGUCCAGAGCUGCAGCAUGCAUGUGAUGUUGAACUGAAAAAGCUGUCACUGUUUUUAGCAGCUUUUCCUUUCCCAAGUGAUUUUUUUUUGUGACAAAAGGAGAGCAAGCUUUUCAUCUUAGGUGUUUGUAAGAAGGGAAAAAAAUAUGACAAAUGCACAAAAAAACCUGCAAGGUUUAGUCAUACUAAGAAAUUAAAAAAUAACCUUGAUAUAGGUCAAACCAUGGAGCUUCUCUUCUCACAGUGAAUUUUAGCAAUAAUGACCUUAUAAAUAAUAUAAACUAACUGUAAGAACUAUUAAAAGACAUAUUUUAAAAUUUAAAAAAUCUGCUGUAAAGGGGUUCUAUGUAGUAUUGAUACUGCAAACUCUCAAAAAAUUCACAUAUCGUGACUCUCUUAUGACUACCAAAACCACCAAGGAAUCAACGCUACAUGUCCACAAACUGUAUCACUCACUGAAUAAAGUAUAGACGUCAUUGCUCAUACACGUCUGUAUUAUGGUAUCAUCAAAUACACUCCUUCAAAUAAAAGAAUUUGCAGCUAGUUAUUUUGACAUUCUGUCAAAUAAGACUGUUUUAUAAUCGUCUGUACGGUUUGUGUUGACAAUAGCUGCACUGGAGAUGUUUUUGGAAUCGUUCAAGGUCAGAACUAUGACAGUUUAGUCUGAACUGUGGAUCAACAAGUGAUGAGCAUAGCAAAGACAAUAACAUCACAUAAUAACUUUCUACCUUCAUAGGCCUUAUAAUUAAACUCACCCAUGUAGAAGGAAUGCAACAACUGUGCUUCUAGCUUUUAUCACUUUGUCACAUUAGUUGUCUGUAAAAGUUGCUCCUUAGUGGUUCUCAUCCCAUCUGGUCACUUUAGGACACUUAGGUCAAAGGCCCUGUGGCAUUAGUUUUACUCACCAUGGAAGACUGGCAGAGUGACUCACUACUCCCUCUAGUGGUCACACAUAAAUCCAACAGAUCACUGGUGUGUGUAUAUUUGUUUCAUCUCUAUAAUUCAAUACACUGGUAUCUGUGGCAGAACUUCAGAGCUCCUUUUUUCUAUACACUGUAAUGAUACUUCUAGGUCAUAUUUUAACAUUUCAAAGUACAAAUACUACAUAUAGCCCCUUUUAAUAUAACCAAAAUAGCCAAACUGAUUUGACCCAAUAAGAAGUUUAUAUUUGAUGUGCCAUUUUAUGAUCAGUUGUGAGGAUUCUCAGACCCUUUAUGUGCUUCCCUUUUAGUGGGACCAAACUACUGUGUGUUGACGAGAGCAUUACUUUCCUUAUACAAUACAGUAAUAAAAAACUGACUUCCACUUUGACUCAUCCCAGCAGAUGUUAGGGUUAAAUCUCAUGUCAUUUACUAAUCCUGGUGAGAAAAGCACACUCUGACUAGUGUUAUCAUUACUGAGCUUUGAGCUGAGUAACGUGCUGCUAUGUAUUAAGUCUCUCCUGUGGCUUCAUCUGCAGUUUUCUCAGUCCAGUAGUUUGUCUUUACAGCUUCUAAAACCAUUUCAAAUGAGCGCUCUGUACCCACAUAUGCAAAACUUCUAGCAUCUGAAGUCUUACUGGUUAAUGUAGGUGGGGACUGAACAGUGUUGUUCAUAUGCUGCAUUCACAUUCAAACUAAAUACGCUGCAAUAAUGCUUUAUAACAACAUUUAACUCUGCUGUAUUUAACUGAGUCUUGGCUCCUUGGCUGUGGCUUUGUGGACAGAAAAGACAUUCUACAUUUAAUAUCUGAGAAAAAAAAAACAUCAGUCAGUGUGGUUAUUCUCCAUUCUAAUGGUCCUAAUGAAAAUCAAGAUGAGAGCAAAGAAAUACAGGACAUUAAUUUUCUUUUACUCAAGUAUUUUACCAGCAAAAUGUACCUUUUACCAGUUUUUUUCCUCAUGAUGUAGUGACUGUUUUUUCUUCAACUUACACUUAACUUAUUGUCCCUGACAUGAUGUUUUCAUCUCUGAGAAGGUAGACUAAAUCCAGAAGUGAUGUCAUCUUUUUAGUUGGUGUCUGAGUAUUCAUUCAUUCAUUCAUUCAUUCAUUCAUUGUGUGUCUGUUUACAGCUUGUGAGAGAGAUGUCCCCUUUCUAUGAUUAAUAUUGUCUGCAAAAGUGCUGCAACUGUGUUAUAAUAAAACUAAUAAAGCUAUAUUUUAACAGUG